AUGUUCGCAAUUGUAUUUAUAUCAUUUCUUAGUUUAUUUUAUUUAUUAUUUGUAUCAAAACUUUCGUCCUGUUCAAGUUUAUUAAACACUGCUCAACUGCUUUUUAAAAUGACAUUAAUCAAAUGUGAUGCAUCAGAAAUGACUGAAGCUAAUGCUUUUCUUGGUCCAUUUUGUUUUACUUUAUUUAUAUUUCUAGUUGUUUUUGUUUGUUUAAGUCUGAAAAAAUUAAAUCAAACAGAAAUUCAAGAAGAACGAGAUUGUCGAAUGCGCUCACAAUAUUUUGAUCCAAUUCAAAAUUUUCCUGAUAGAAUUGAUCAAUUAUUAGAAGCAUUUGAUAGAAUUUAUGUCGAUCAACAAGCAGAAUUAUUAAGAUUGAAAAAAGCUGGAGUUUAG